GCAGAUGACAUGAACUUCUAUUGAGACGAGCGCAGACACUAGUCUGCCCUUAUUCAGUGCAAUCCUGUCUGUCCCGGCCGCCACCAUGUCUUUCGUGCCCACCCCAAGCCCCACUGUGGUGGAUCAGACCACGCUUAUGAAGAAAUACCUGCAGUUUGUGGCGGCGCUCACUGACAACAACACACCGGAUGAGACCAAACUGAAAAUGAUGCAGGAAGUCAGUGAGAAUUUUGAGAAUGUCACAUCCUCGCCACAGUAUUCUACUUUCUUGGAGCAUAUCAUCCCUCGUUUCCUAACGUUUCUGCAGGAUGGAGAAGUGCAGUUCCUUCAAGAGAAACCAACACAGCAAUUACGAAAACUUGUCCUGGAGAUCAUCCACCGAAUCCCAACUAAUGAACAUCUCCGGACUCAUGCCAAGAACAUCCUUUCUGUCAUGUUCCGCUUCCUUGAGAUUGAAAGUGAGGAGAAUGUGCUCAUUUGUUUACGGAUCAUCAUUGAACUGCAUAAACAGUUUCGCCCGCUGAUCUCUCAAGAGAUUCAUCAUUUUUUGGACUUUGUGAAGCAAAUUUACAAAGAACUGCCUAAAGUAGUGACGAGGUACUUUGAGAAUCCUCAGGUUAUAGCAGAAAACACAGUGCCUUCUCCAGAAAUGGUGGGCAUGAUCACCUCAGUAUUGGUGAAGACCGCACCGGAGCGUGAGGACAGCGAGACCCGGACGCAUACCAUAAUCCCCCGGGGAUCGCUGUCACUCAAAGUGUUGGCAGAGCUGCCCAUCAUCGUUGUACUCAUGUAUCAGCUGUACAAACUGAGCAUUCACAACGUGGUGUCGGAUUUUGUGCCUCUUAUCAUGAACACCAUCAUGCUGCAGGUGUCUCCGCAGGCUCGGCAACACAAACUGUUCAACAAGGAGCUGUAUGCAGAUUUUAUCGCCGCACAGAUCAAGACCUUGUCAUUCCUCGCUUACAUUAUCCGGAUCUACCAGGACUUGGUUGGGAAGCACUCCCAGCAGAUGGUGAAGGGGAUGCUGCAGCUGCUGUCUAACUGCCCCCCUGAGACUGCUCACCUGCGGAAAGAGCUCCUGAUCGCUGCCAAGCACAUCCUCACCACCGAUCUACGCAGCCAAUUCGUUCCAUGCAUGGACAAGCUUUUCGACGAGUCAAUACUCAUUGGCUCAGGAUACACUGCGAGAGAGACGCUGAGGCCCUUGGCAUACAGCACACUAGCAGACUUGGUGCACCAUGUUAGACAGAACCUCCCGUUGACGGACCUCUCCCUGGCUGUGCAACUGUUCGCUAAGAAUAUUGACGAUGAGUCCCUCCCCAGCAGUAUCCAAACCAUGUCCUGUAAGCUGUUGCUAAACCUUGUAGACUGCAUCCGAUCAAAGAGCGAACAGGAGAAUGGAAACGGCAGAGACAUUCUCAUGAGAAUGCUGGAGGUGUUUGUGUUGAAGUUCCACACCAUUGCACGGUACCAGCUGGUAUCUAUCUUUAAGAAGUGCAAGCCCCAAUCAGAGAUGGGUGUGGUGGACACAGGGGCAUUACCAGGAGUCCCAGCCACCCCUACUGUAACUACACCCGCCUUACCUCCACCUGCACCCCCAACACCUGUCACCCCUGCACCACCACCGGCCACACCUUUUGAUAGACCUGGGGACAAGGAGGACAAACAGACCUUCCAGGUGUCCGACUGUCGCAGUCUGGUGAAGACUCUUGUGUGUGGAGUGAAAACUAUCACAUGGGGCAUCACUUCUUGUAAAGCUCCUGGAGAGGCACAGUUCAUUCCCAACAAGCAGCUCCAGCCCAAAGAAACACAGAUCUACAUCAAGCUGGUGAAAUAUGCCAUGCAGGCCUUGGACAUCUACCAGGUACAGAUUGCCGGCAAUGGGCAGACGUAUGUUCGUGUGGCUAACUGUCAGACGGUGCGGAUGAAGGAGGAGAAGGACUAUGCUAUAGAGACUGCACUGGAUUGCCUGAAGAGUGCCAAUACUGAGCCGUAUUACAGACGACAGGCCUGGGAGGUGAUCAAAUGCUUCCUGGUAGCCAUGACCAGCCUGGAGGACAACAAGCAUGCCCUUUACCAGCUUCUCGCCCAUCCCAACUUCACAGAGAAGUGGAUCCCUAACGUGAUCAUCUCCCACCGGUACAAAGCGCAGGACACCCCAGCACGCAGGACGUUCGAGCAGGCCCUGACGGGGGCGUUCAUGUCUGCGGUCAUCAAGGAUCUCAGGCCCAGCGCUCUGCCUUUCGUUGCCAGCUUGAUCCGCCAUUACACCAUGGUGGCAGUGGCUCAGCAGUGUGGUCCCUUCUUGCUGCCAUGCUACCAGUCAGGCAGCCAGGCCAGCACGGCUAUGUUCCACAGUGAAGAGAACGGCUCCAAAGGCAUGGACCCACUCGUGCUGAUCGACGCCAUCGCCAUCUGCAUGGCCUAUGAGGAGAAGGAGCUGUGCAAGAUUGGGGAAGUGGCACUUGCUGUCAUCUUUGAUGUUGCCAGCAUUAUCCUGGGCUCCAAAGAAAGGGCGUGCCAGCUGCCGUUGUUCUCCUACAUAGUGGAGCGUCUAUGUGCAUGCUGCUAUGAGCAGGCCUGGUAUGCUAAGCUGGGUGGAGUGGUGUCCAUUAAGUUCCUGAUGGAGAGGCUUCCUCUGAUUUGGGUGUUGCAAAACCAGCUGACCUUCCUCAAAGCUCUGCUCUUUGUCAUGAUGGACCUCACAGGAGAGGUGUCUAACGGGGCAGUUGCCAUGGCAAAGACCACACUGGAGCAGUUGUUGAUACGCUGUGCCACUCCUCUUAAGGAUGAGGAGAAGACUGAGGAGCUUCUGUCUGCCCAGGAUAAAUCCUUCCAUCUGGUGACCCAUGACCUUGUACGGGAGGUCACCUCCCCCAAUUCCACUGUCCGCAAGCAGGCCAUGCACUCCCUGCAGGUGCUGGCUCAAGUCACAGGCAAGAGCGUCACCAUCAUCAUGGAGCCUCACAAAGAAGUGCUGCAAGACAUGGUUCCUCCAAAGAAACACCUGCUGCGGCAUCAGCCUGCCAAUGCUCAGAUUGGCCUGAUGGAGGGCAACACCUUCUGCACCACUCUACAGCCCCGCCUCUUCACCAUGGACCUCAACGUGGUGGAACACAAAGUCUUUUACACAGAGUUGCUGAACCUGUGUGAAGCUGAGGAUGCUGCUUUGAUGAAGCUGCCCUGUUAUAAAAGCCUUCUUUCACUGGUGCCGCUGCGCAUUGCUGCUCUCAAUGCCCUGGCGGCCUGUAACUAUCUUCCCCAGUCCCGAGAGAAGAUCAUCGCUGCCCUCUUCAAGGCCCUCAACUCUACUAACAGUGAGCUCCAGGAGGCUGGAGAGGCCUGCAUGAGAAAGUUCUUAGAGGGGGCUACUAUUGAGGUGGAUCAGAUCCAUACACACAUGCGGCCCUUGCUGAUGAUGCUUGGAGACUAUCGCAGUCUGACGCUCAAUGUAGUCAACAGACUGACAUCAGUCACUCGUCUCUUCCCCAACUCCUUCAAUGACAAAUUCUGUGACCAAAUGAUGCAACAUCUGCGUAAAUGGAUGGAGGUGGUGGUGAUCACGCAUAAAGGAGGCCAGCGUAGUGAUGGCAGUGAAAUGAGGAUCUGUUCGGCCAUUAUAAACCUCUUCCACCUGAUACCAGCUGCUCCACAGACACUGGUGAAACCUUUGCUGGAAGUGGUCAUGAAAACGGAGAGGGCGAUGCUCAUAGAGGCAGGCAGUCCCUUUAGAGAGCCACUGAUCAAAUUCCUGACACGUCAUCCGUCUCAAACAGUGGAGCUUUUCAUGAUGGAGGCCACUCUCAAUGACCCACAGUGGAGUCGCAUGUUCAUGAGUUUCUUGAAGCACAAAGAUGCCAAGCCACUUCGGGAUGUCUUGGCUUCUAACCCAAAUCGAUUUGUCCCUCUGCUGGUUCCAGCUGGGCCUGCAGCAACUGUGAGACCUGGGUCUCCCUCCACCAGUACUGCCCGCCUUGACCUGCAGUUCCAGGCCAUCAAGAUCAUAAGCAUCAUUGUGAAAAAUGAUGAAGGCUGGUUGGCGGGUCAGCACUCUUUAGUGAGUCAGCUCAGACGCGUGUGGGUCAGCGAGGCCUUCCAGGAGCGCCACCGCAAAGACAGCAUGGCUGCAACCAACUGGAAAGAGCCCAAACUAUUAGCAUUCUGUCUGCUUAGCUACUGCAAACGCAACUACUCUGAGAUAGAGCUACUCUUUCAGCUGUUGAGAGCCUUCACUGGCCGCUUCCUGUGCAACAUGACCUUCCUGAAGGAGUACAUGGAGGAGGAGAUCCCCAAGAACUACAGCAUCACACACAAACGAGCGCUCUUCUUCCGCUUUGUGGAGUUCAAUGACCCACACUUUAAUGAUGAGCUCAAGGCAAAGACUCAAGUGGCCUUGAAAAAAACGACGAUGAUAGGCCACCUCUUGUUGGCUCACAUUAUCGCCAAGUUUGCCAUUCACAAAAAGAUUGUGUUGCAGGUUUUCCACAGUCUGCUAAAGGCUCAUACUAUGGAAGCACGUGCCAUUGUUCGGCAAUGCAAGACACAGUCUAAAGACCACUAUAAUGGCACAUCCUCAGUGGCUUCCAAGUAUGAGGAGCUGGAGUGUCUGUACGCUGCCGUAGGGAAGGUCAUUUAUGAAGGCCUCACCAACUACGAGAAAGCCAGCAGCGCUAACCCAACUCAAUUGUUCGGAACGCUGAUGAUCCUGAAGUCGGCCUGCAGCAACAACUCCAGCUACAUCGACCGCCUCAUUUCCGUCUUUAUGCGCUCCCUGCAGAAGAUGGUGAGAGAGCACCUGAGCCCGCAACCCAACCCCGGAGUCGCUGAAACCAGCACAGUGACAAGCGAGUUGGUAAUGCUUAGCUUGGAUCUGGUAAAGGAGAGGCUGUCGGUCAUGAACAUGGAAAUGAGGAAGAACUUCAUCCAGGUCAUCCUUACAUCCCUCAUCGAGAAAUCUCCCGACCCAAAGAUUCUUCGAGCUGUGGUGAAGAUUGUGGAGGAAUGGGUCAAGAACAACUCUGGCAACCCCAUGGCCACCAACCAGGUGCCUAAUCCAAGAGAAAAAUCCAUUCUGCUGGUGAAAAUGAUGACCUACAUUGAGAAGCGCUUUCCUGACGACCUUGAAUUGAAUGCCCAGUUCCUGGACCUCGUUAAAUACGUCUACAGAGAUGAGAACCUCUCAGGAAGUGACAUCACAUCCAAGCUGGAGCCAGCAUUCUUGUCAGGGCUACGCUGCACCCAGCCACUGAUCAGAGCAAAGUUUUUCGAGGUGUUUGAUGCAUCAAUGAAGCGACGAGUCUAUGAGAGGCUUCUGUAUAUUUGCUGCUCGCAGAACUGGGAGGCCAUGGGCAGCCACUUCUGGAUUAAACAGUGCAUUGAGCUGCUGUUGGCGGUCUGUGAGAGGAACACCACCAUUGGCACCAGCUGCCAGGGCUCCAUGCUCCCCUCCAUCACCAACGUCAUCAACCUGGCUGACAGCCAUGACCGUGCAGCCUUCGCCAUGGCAACGCAUAUCAAACAGGAACCUCGUGAGAGAGAAAACAGCGAGACCAAGGAGGAGGAUGUGGAGAUAGACAUCGAACUGGCACCUGGUGACCAGACCAGCCUCCCUAAGACCAAGGAGCAGGCGGAGAGAGAUGCAGGCAACCAGCUGCACAUGCUCACCAACCGCCACGAUAAGUUCCUGGACUCCCUGAGAGAGGUCAAGACGGGAGCACUGCUGAAUGCACUGGUUCAGUUGUGCCACAUCUCCACCCCAUUGGCUGAGAAGACUUGGGUCCAGCUCUUCCCCCGCCUAUGGAAGAUUCUGUCGGACCGACAGCAGCAUGCAAUCUCAGGCGAGAUGGGUCCGUUCCUGUGUAGCGGUAGUCAUCAAGCUCAGAGAGAUUGCCAGCCCAGUGCUCUAAACUGCUUUGUGGAGGCCAUGUCUCAGUGCGUGUCGCCCAUACCCAUCAGGCCCUGCGUGCUGAAGUACUUAGGAAAGACCCACAAUCUAUGGUUACGCUCCACCCUGAUGCUGGAGCAGCAAGCCUUUGAGAAAGGCCUUAGCUUGCACAUCAAACCCAAACAGAGCACAGAGUUCUAUGAGCAAGAAAGCAUCACUCCUCCACAGCAGGAGAUCCUCGACUCGCUGGCGGAGCUCUACUCCCUACUGCAGGAAGAGGACAUGUGGGCGGGGCUGUGGCAGAAAAGAUGCAAGUUCCCUGAGACGAGCACCGCCAUUGCAUACGAGCAGCAUGGCUUCUUUGAACAGGCUCAAGAAACCUAUGAGAAGGCAAUGGAGAAAGCUCGCAAAGAGCACAAUGUCUCGCCCGCCAUCUUCCCAGAGUACCAGCUGUGGGAGGAUCACUGGAUACAUUGUUCUAAAGAGCUGAACCAGUGGGAACCUCUGACUGAGUACGGGCAAUCUAAAGGCCAUAACAACCCAUACCUGGUGCUGGAGUGUGCCUGGAGAGUGUCUAACUGGGCUGCAAUGAAAGAGGCUCUAGUGCAGGUGGAGCUGAGCUGUCCAAAGGAGAUGGCCUGGAAGGUGAAUAUGCAUCGCGGUUACCUGGCCAUCUGUCACCCUGAGGAGCAGCAGCUCAACUUCAUUGAGCGGCUAGUGGAGAUGGCCAGCAGUCUAGCCAUCAGAGAAUGGAGGAGACUGCCGCACAUUGUUUCUCAUGUGCACACGCCCCUGUUACAGGCGGCGCAACAGAUUAUUGAGCUACAAGAAGCUGCUCAGAUCAAUGCAGGCCUCCAGCCCGCCAACCUGGGCCGCAACACCAGCCUCCACGACAUGAAGACCGUGGUGAAGACCUGGAGAAACAGGCUUCCGAUUGUCUCCGAUGACCUCUCCCAUUGGAGCAGCAUCUUUAUGUGGCGGCAGCACCACUAUCAGGCCAUUGUGACUGCUUAUGAAACCAACACGCAACAUGAUCCAAACACUAACAAUGCCAUGCUUGGAGUGCACGCCUCCGCAUCAGCCAUUAUUCAGUAUGGAAAAAUCGCCCGGAAGCAAGGUCUGGUCAAUGUAGCUUUGGACAUUCUGAGUCGCAUCCACACCAUCCCCACCGUGCCUAUUGUAGACUGCUUUCAGAAGAUUCGUCAGCAGGUUAAAUGCUACCUACAGUUGGCUGGAGUAAUGGGCAAGAAUGAAUGCAUGCAGGGUCUGGAGGUGAUUGAGUCCACUAACCUGAAGUACUUCACCAAGGAGAUGACCGCCGAGUUCUACGCUCUCAAGGGCAUGUUCUUAGCCCAGAUCAAUAAGUCAGAGGAGGCAAAUAAGGCAUUCUCUGCUGCAGUGCAGAUGCAUGAUGUUCUGGUGAAAGCCUGGGCAAUGUGGGGCGACUACUUGGAGAACAUCUUUGUUAAAGACCGCCAGCCCCACCUUGGUGUCUCCGCCAUUACCUGUUACUUACAUGCCUGCCGUCAUCAGAAUGAGAGCAAGUCACGUAAAUACCUUGCCAAGGUGCUGUGGCUGUUGAGUUUUGAUGAUAAGAACACAUUGGCUGAUGCUGUGGACAAAUACUGCAUUGGAGUGCCGCCCAUCCAAUGGCUGGCCUGGAUCCCUCAGCUCCUCACAUGUCUGGUUGGCUCAGAGGGGAAACCUCUCCUUAACCUCAUCAGCCAGGUGGGACGUGUCUACCCUCAAGCAGUGUACUUUCCAAUCCGAACCCUGUACCUGACGCUGAAAAUCGAGCAGAGGGAGCGCUACAAGAGCGAUUCUGGCCAGCAGCAGCCCAGUUCGGCGGCUGCUCAGACCCACUCAGCGUCCGACCCGGGUCCCAUCCGUGCCACUGCUCCCAUGUGGCGCUGCAGCCGGAUCAUGCACAUGCAGCGUGAGCUCCACCCCACCCUGCUCUCCUCUCUGGAGGGCAUCGUGGACCAGAUGGUCUGGUUCAGGGAGAACUGGCACGAGGAGGUCCUGCGGCAGCUCCAGCAGGGCCUAGCUAAAUGCUACUCGGUGGCAUUCGAAAAGAGUGGAGCCGUGUCCGAUGCUAAAAUCACUCCGCAUACGCUCAACUUUGUAAAAAAGCUGGUCAGCACGUUUGGCGUGGGCCUGGAAAAUGUCUCUAAUGUGUCCACCAUGUUCUCAAGUGCUGCCUCAGAGUCCCUGGCCCGCCGAGCUCAAGCCACCGCUCAAGACCCUGUGUUCCAGAAGAUGAAGGGCCAGUUCACCACAGAUUUUGACUUCAGCGUUCCCGGCUCCAUGAAGCUUCACAAUCUCAUUUCAAAGCUGAAGAAGUGGAUCAAGAUUCUGGAAGCCAAGACGAAGCAACUACCGAAGUUCUUCCUGAUCGAGGAGAAAUGCCGUUUCCUUAGCAACUUCUCGGCCCAGACUGCUGAAGUUGAGAUCCCGGGAGAAUUCCUCAUGCCUAAGCCCACACACUAUUACAUCAAGAUUGCCAGGUUCAUGCCCAGGGUGGAGAUUGUUCAAAAGCACAACACAGCUGCUCGACGACUCUACAUCCGCGGGCACAACGGCAAGAUCUAUCCAUACUUGGUGAUGAAUGACGCAUGUCUGACGGAGUCCCGCAGAGAGGAGCGUGUCUUACAACUCUUGCGGCUACUCAACCCCUGCUUGGAGAAGAGGAAAGAGACCACCAAGAGACACCUCUUUUUCACAGUCCCAAGGGUGGUGGCGGUGUCUCCUCAAAUGCGGUUAGUGGAGGACAAUCCAUCGUCUCUGUCUCUAGUGGAAAUCUACAAGCAACGUUGUGCUAAGAAGGGCAUUGAGCACGACAACCCUAUUUCCCGCUAUUAUGACCGACUUGCAACUGUUCAGGCUAGAGGAACCCAAGCCAGCCAUCAGGUCCUGCGUGACAUUCUGAAGGAGGUCCAGGGCAACAUGGUUCCUCGUAGCAUGUUGAAGGAGUGGGCGCUGCACACCUUCCCCAACGCCACAGAUUAUUGGACCUUCCGCAAAAUGUUCACCAUCCAGCUUGCUCUAAUUGGCCUGGCUGAGUUCAUGUUGCACCUGAACCGUCUCAACCCAGAGAUGCUGCAGAUUGCACAGGACACCGGAAAACUCAAUGUAUCAUACUUCCGCUUUGAUAUUAACGAUGCCACUGGUGAUCUGGAUGCCAACCGGCCGGUCCCCUUCAGGCUGACGCCCAACAUCUCCGAGUUCCUGAGCACAAUCGGCGUAUCCGGACCCCUCACGGCUUCCAUGAUAGCAGUAGCACGCUGCUUUGCUCAGCCUAACUUCAAGGUCGAUGGCAUCUUGAAAGCAGUUCUUAGAGAUGAGAUCAUCGCUUGGCAUAAGAAGACGCAGGAAGACACAUCCAUGCCUCUGUCCCCAGCUGGACAACCUGAGAACAUGGACAGCCAGCAGCUGGUGUCUCUUGUCCAGAAAGCUGUGACGGCCAUCAUGACCCGCCUCCACAACUUGGCCCAGUUCGAGGGUGGUGAGAGUAAAGUAAACACGCUAGUGGCAGCUGCCAAUAGCCUGGACAACCUGUGCCGCAUGGACCCCGCCUGGCACCCUUGGUUGUAGACGGGCAUGUAUAGAAACAAAUUCUGGCAGAUCUCUGAGAAAUGCAAUACUGUGAAAGUGAAUGUCAGUCGAUGAAUUUGUCCCAUGAGUUUAAAAAACAUCAUGUGUUGAGUUAACAUUUAGAAGGGGUUAUAUAAUAAUGCACAAACUGUCAUUUAAAAAAGAACAGGAUAAUACUUAAGGUCUUUAGUAUUCACUGUUAUUCACAGGAAAGAGAUACAUGCAGCAAUUAAAAGCAGCUUUGUUUGUUUGGAGAGGAACUAUUGUUAAACUGAUGAGCUUA